AUCUGCAGUUGUGGAAACUAUAAAGAGACAUAAAACUAGGGUCGGAGUCCCAGAGCGAGAGAGCGAAAGAGUCUAGAAAAAAGUGCAGAGACCAAGAUGUUCUUCCACAUAGUAUUGGAGCGAAACAUGCAAUUACACCCACGAUUCUUCGGUCGCAACCUCCGUGAGAAUCUCGUCUCUAAGCUCAUGAAAGAUGUCGAGGGCACUUGCAGUGGUCGACACGGGUUCGUAGUGGCGAUAACAGGGAUAGAAAGUGUAGGGAAAGGAUUGAUCCGAGACGGGACUGCCUUCGUCACUUUCCCCGUUAAGUAUCAGUGCGUUGUCUUCAGGCCUUUCAAGGGAGAGAUUUUGGAAGCUGUUGUGACUUUGGUGAAUAAGAUGGGUUUCUUCGCUGAAGCUGGACCUGUUCAGAUCUUUGUGUCCAAGCAUUUGAUUCCAGAUGAUAUGGAGUUUCAGGCUGGAGACAUGCCUAAUUACACCACAUCUGAUGGAUCGGUUAAGAUCCAGAAAGAAUGUGAAGUGAGACUAAAGAUUAUUGGCACAAGAGUCGAUGCCACUGAAAUCUUUUGUGUGGGUACCAUCAAAGACGAUUUUUUGGGAGUCAUCAACGACCCUGCAGCCGCUGCAUAAGCAAAAGUUUCAGGCCUAGUUCGGUUUAUGGAUAUGUUUAAUUCGGAAUAAUAGUUUAAUUUUCAUUCGAGUGUAGUUGACUUUGUUCCUAUAUUAUAAACGUCUUAUUGUGUUAGAAAUAAAAGUAAUCGCGGACAAA